UGUCGAAUUCUAAAACCCUGGAAAACCAACGCAAAAACCCUUUUCAACGUUUGUUCAUUCCAAUUCUCCAUCCCCACUUUGUUCAUUGUUGAACCUAGCAGUAGCAGACAGAGCUCUACUAUAAUGGGUUCAGGCUUCGUAUUCGAGCCUCCUAGCGACGAAGAACUCGAAGACGACAUUCAUUCCGGCGACGACAAUGCCCCCGAAUCUGCCUGGGACUUCGCCGCCUACUCCGAAGCCGUCGCCGAAGAACACGCCCGCCGUCACACCACCUCCGUCGACCAGAAAAUCCACAAGCUUCGUCAACAGCGCGUCGUCUCUCUCCCUAACGACUCCGACUCCGACUCCGACUCCGAAUCCAAUAAACAAGAGGAUUACAAGCCUGACGAAGGAGAUGAUGAUGAAAACGAUGUUGUUGAAAGUGAUAAGCCUUUCUUUGCAGCUGCUGAAGGUGUUUCGUAUCAAGCUAAAUCGUUUUUGGAGCUUAAUCUUUCAAGGCCAUUGCUUCGAGCUUGCGAAGCGUUAGGGUACUCUAAGCCUACACCAAUCCAGGCUGCUUGUAUACCAUUGGCGAUGGCCGGACGUGAUAUUUGCGCGAGUGCAAUAACCGGUUCUGGGAAGACCGCAGCUUUUUCACUGCCGACCUUGGAGAGGUUGCUAUACCGCCCAAAGCGUGUGCCGGCAAUUAGGGUUCUUAUUCUCACUCCAACAAGGGAGCUAGCUGUGCAGGUUCACAGUAUGAUAGAAAAACUUGCUCAAUUUACAGAUAUAAGAUGCUGCCUGAUUGUUGGUGGGCUAUCAAAUAAGGUGCAAGAGGCUGCAUUAAGGUCGAUGCCAGAUGCCGUUGUGGCAACUCCAGGGCGUAUGAUUGACCAUUUACGUAAUUCAAUGUCUGUGGAUCUAGAUGAUCUUGCUGUCUUGAUUCUUGAUGAGGCUGAUCGACUUUUGGAGCUUGGAUUUAAUGCUGAGAUCCAAGAACUCGUCCAUAUGUGUUCAAAACGGAGGCAGACAAUGCUGUUUUCUGCUACAAUGACUGAAGAGGUGGCAGAGCUUGUCAAACUAUCUUUAAAGAAACCACUACGUCUGUCAGCUGAUCCAUCUGCCCAACGACCAGCAGCUUUGACUGAGGAGGUUGUGAGAAUAAGAAGAAUGCGUGAAGCACAUUAUGAGGCAGUGCUUCUUGCAUUAUGCUCAAAAACAUUCACAUCCAAAGUAAUCAUUUUUAGUGGAACCAAGCUUGCUGCUCAUAGGUUGAAGAUCUUAUUUGGGUUAGCAGGCUUAAAAGCAGCCGAGAUUCAUAGCCAUCUUACACAAGCACAGCGUCUUGAUUCUCUUGAACUUUUCAGAAAACAGGAAGUAGACUUCUUGAUUGCAACAGAUGUUGCUGCUCGAGGGCUUGACAUAGCUGGGAUUCGGACAGUUAUUAAUUAUGCUUGUCCUCGUGAUCUCACAACAUAUGUGCACCGAGUGGGUCGUACAGCAAGAGCUGGUCGGGAAGGAUACGCAGUCACAUUUGUCACUGAUAAUGAUCGCUCUCUACUAAAAGCCAUUGCUAAAAAGGCUGGUUCUAGGUUAAAGAGCAGAAUUGUUGCUGAAGAGUCCAUUAAUAAGUGGGCACAAACAAUUGAGCAGAUGGAAGAUCAGGUUGCUACUAUUCUUCGAGAAGAGAAAGAAGAAAUGGCUUUGAGAAAAGCAGAGAUGGAAGCAGCAAAGGCUGAAAAUAUGAUUGAGCACAGGGAAGAAAUAUUUUCCCGGCCCAAAAAGACGUGGUUUAUAACAGAGAAGGAAAAGAAUUUAAUUGCAAAGGAGGUGAAGGGAUACUCGGAGACGAAGAAAAAUUCUGGUAAUGUCGUUGUCAGUGCCCAGCAAGCAGAAGAUUUGAAAUUGAAGGAAAAGAGGAAACGAGAGCGUGAGAAAAACUUGCCCCGGAAAAAGCGCAGAAAGCUGGAAGCGGAGAGAGAGAUGCUGGAAGAGGAAAAUGAGUCUGAUGAUUCAGAAGGGGAAAAUAAAAAGAGUAAGAAAGAUAAAAGUGGAAUACCGCUUGUCGAGGUUGCCUAUCGCAAAGCAAAAGCAAUCAAGGCUGGGAAAAAAGCACAAGAUGGUGGUAAAAAUAUCAAAAAGAUGGGGAAGAAAGCAGCACAACCUCAGUCAAGAACAGAUGAGAUGCAGGAGCUAUUCCUGACUGAUAUGAGUGAGAAACGGGGAAAAAAGAACCUUCAGCAUGUUCAAAAGAAGUCAAGGAAUUCAUUUAAGAGUAAAUCAAGGUAUAAGCGAAGGUAGGCAUUUUAUCCAGGUCAAGAUCUCUGACUAAGUUUUGGAGGCAGGCAAGAAAUGAACUUGGGCGAUUUCAACUUCCAUGGAAAAUCUACUUUUUAAAAGUGAAGUGCAAUUUUGUUGGGCAAUCUUCAGAGUAACUAAAGAGUUGCAAUUGUUCUGCAUCUCAGCAGGACGGAUAACAGUGGGCAUGCUAGAUACUGAAUUUUACCUGGCCUGUCCUUGUAUAUUUGGCGGGCUUUGAGGUUUAUAUGCUAUGUGACUACGCUGCGGUUCGAAGGAAAAGCUUUAUAAUGGCAUUUUUUUCAUUUUUGUUCGAUAUAAUGGCAUUUUUUUUAAGUUGUAAAAGAUGAUUGGCAGUAAUAUUAAUAGCAUUUUUUUAAGAGUAAUAUUUAUGGCAUUUUUUUUAAAGUUCAAUA